ACCAAACCAGAGAGAGAGUCGUUCUGCUCUUUUCCAGAAAUCCACCACAGAAACUUCUGGAGCCGAGGCCUCGGUGUUAAGAGCAGAUUCAAACGUCCUGCGGCUCCAGAGUGAAGAAGACGAGGAAGACGAAGAAGAAGAAGCAGCGAGACGCCAACAUGACUCAUCUGUGCUACAACAGAGGCUGUGGACAGAAAUAUGACGCCGACCAGAACAAAGAGGACUCCUGCCUCUUCCACCCGGGAGUCCCCAUCUUCCACGACGCUCUGAAGGGCUGGUCCUGCUGCAGGAAGAGAACCACGGACUUCUCCGAGUUUCUCUCCAUCAAGGUAAGAGCUCAGGGUCCAACAGGAAGUUCAUGUUCCUGGAGAUGUAUUGUUUUACAUUCAGAGGAGCCAAAGACCAAAUUGCCGCAGAAAGUGUCGGCGUCUCUGGUUCAAGUUCUGGAGAAGCUGGAAAUCAGUAACAGAGCCGAGAAGGAGCAGAAAGAGAAUCAGACUGUGAUGCAGGGAACACGCUGCAAGAACCCAGGAUGCAAAACAGCCUUUAACGGUCCAGAGACAGACAAGGAGGUCUGCACCCACCACCCCGGUGCACCCGUCUUCCACGAGGGGUACAAGUACUGGAGCUGCUGCUGCAUAAGGACGAUAGACUUCAACGCCUUCCUGGACCAGAAGGGCUGCACCGCAGGGAAACAUCGCUGGAUCCCAAAACAGGACAAGAAGAAGGUGGCGUGUCGACACGAUUGGCACCAAACUGGAAAUAAUGUUGUCGUAACGAUUUACGCUAAGAACGCAAACCCUGAGUUUAGCUGCGUGGAGGCGAACGGGACCGUGCUCUCGUGUCAAAUCCAGUUUGAGAACGAUAAGAUUUUCAAGAGAGACUUCCACCUGUGGGGGGUGAUCGACGUCAAACAGAGCUCCGUCAACAUGGUGCCGACCAAAGUUGAGGUUUUCCUGCGUAAGGCCGACCAGGUGUCCUGGGGCAAACUGGAGGACCCCAACCAUAAACCUGAGCCGGAGCCCGUGGAGAACAUGGCCGAAACGGACGAGUCCCACCGGCCCGACUGGGACAUCUCCGACGACGACAUCAGCGACUCGGACGAAGAGUGGGCCUACGACACGCCGGAGAAUAAAAAGAAUAAGGACAAAGACGAGCAGAAGAAGAAAGAGGAAGAGGUGCAGAGGAAGGAGGUGGAGGAGGAGAUGAAGAGGGCAUCGGAGGAGAGGAGGAAAGAGGAGGAGGAGGCGGAGCGGAAGAGGCAGGAGGCAACCGAAGGAUACGAUGACAUGCCUGAUCUGGAGUAACUCUAAAUCCAGAUGUUGAUCUGAUUUGCUCGGUAGAACUGAAAAAUAUCAAAUGUUAAUCUUGACUAAAUUUAAUUCCAACGUAAAGUUACAAGAUCCAAAUGAAAUGUAUUUAUAUAUUUAAAUUUUGAGUUGAAUCUUAAGAAGCAGUUUGUGACGAGCCGUCGUUUAUAUUGAAUUUAAUUCUAUCAUAUCUCAUAUAAUAUGAAUAUGACCAGGAACCUCAAAAUGCAAAAAGAGAAAUAAAGACUUUUUUAACUGGU